AUGGGAUUUUUUACUGAUAGUGGCUCGUCCAAACAUUCAGAAAUUUCGUCAAGAUCAUCAUCGCCAUCUAAUGACAAUUCUAACCUAGAAAAUAGAAAUAUAAUGUAUAUGCUGAAGAAUUGUUUAAUUCUUUCCAAAGAUGGUAAUAAGAAAUCUAUAUGUGAUGAAGGUGUCAAAUUCAAUGGAUUAGAAAACAAUUUAAAUAAUUGUUAUUCUAACGUAGUAAUACAAUCCCUAUAUUCUUAUCAUGAAUUCAGAAAUCGAAUGAUAAAAAUGAAAAAAUCAGGCGGUUCGAUUUCGUCAGAGCUUGCUAAACUAUAUAGUAAAUGUGUUUCUCAAUCUGAUAUUCAAUCUACCAAAGGAUUUUUGAAAAAAGUAUGUAGUACAAAAGAUGAUUUCAUACUCGGGGACCAGCAAGAUGCACACGAAUUCUUGACUUAUAUAUUGAAUGCAAUGAUAGAUGAAAUCAGAAAUAUUGAAGACGAGUACGUAAAACCUAAAACAUUUAUGAGCUCCAAAAGUGGAGGGAAAAGAAAAUUGGAAAAGAGAACAUGGUUGAAUGAGUUAGUAGAAGGAUGUGUAAAAUCUGAAACAAGAUGUCAUGAAUGCGAUAGCGUUACAGGUAUGACGGAACCGUUCAUAACACUCUCACUCAACAUUUUCGAUAACUGUGAUAUCAACCUUUGUUUACAGCGUUAUUGCGAUGAUGAACUUCUCUCUGGUAAAAACCAGUUCUUUUGUGAGAAGUGUGAUAAGUAUUGUGACGCGUCGAAGAGAAUAGUCUUUGACCUUAUGCCACCUUUAUUAAUCCUGCACCUAAAGAGGUUCAAAUAUACCACUAAACCAGGAAGUUCCCUUUGUUCAGUAUACGAAAGACUUCCAUAUUCAGUAGUGUGUUCUAACGUUAUUCAGGUAAACUGUAAACGGCACCCAUGUCCCAUCGUUUAUGAACUAUUCUCAAUUAUCUCUCACAUCGGAACUUCCCCCGAUUAUGGACAUUAUAUAAACAUUUCUGAACUUGGAGGAAGUUGGUUUAGAUGUGAUGAUGCUUCCAUAUUAAAACUCGACGAUUAUCACUCUGAAAUCGGAGAUGAAACCACCUCGGGGAACGACGCCAGUUAUAUCCUGUUUUAUCGCAUCAAAGAAUAA